CAGAUGCCUGGACACCUUGAGAGGAUCAGCUUGCUCUGGGCGGCACUUCCUUCUCCUGGGCACAGCAGGAAGGCGGUAAUCAGCUGAGCAAGUCGCCAGCAGCUUCUGCACCCCCAGCCAUCUUCAGAGAGGACACCAUCUUCUAUUGUACAUGAGAGAAGCGUCCCUGUCACAUACAGGAAAAAGAAAAUGGUGUUGCUGUUGUUUUGGGUGUUGGCCCUCUUCUUCCUCUGUGCUUUCCUGUGGAGUUAUAAAGGACAGCUGAAGAUAGCCAAUAUCACUGACAAGUACAUUUUCAUCACUGGCUGUGACACAGGCUUUGGAAACUUGGCAGCCAGAACUUUUGAUAAGAAGGGGUUCCAGGUCAUCGCUGCCUGCCUGACUGAGUCAGGAGCAGCUGCUUUGAAGGCCAAAACCUCAGAGAGACUUCACACAGUGCUUCUGGAUGUCACCGACCCAGAGAAUGUCAAGAGGACUGCCCAGUGGGUGAAGAACCAUGUAGGGGGAAAAGGUCUCUGGGGGCUGAUCAAUAAUGCUGGUGUCCUCGGCGUGCUGGCACCCACUGACUGGCUGACCGUGAAUGACUACAGAGAACCCAUUGAAGUGAAUCUGUUUGGACUCAUCGACGUGACACUGAAUAUGCUGCCCCUGGUCAAAAAAGCUCGAGGGCGUGUUAUCAAUGUCUCCAGUAUCGGAGGCCGGCUUGCAUUCGGUGGAGGGGGCUACACUCCAUCCAAAUAUGCAGUGGAAGGUUUCAAUGACAGCUUAAGGCGGGACAUGAAAGCUUUCGGUGUGCAUGUCUCAUGCAUUGAACCAGGACUGUUCAAAACAGAACUGGCAGACCCAAUAAAGACAACCGAAAAAAAACUGGCCAUUUGGAAACAUCUGUCUCCAGACGUCAAACAACAAUAUGGAGAAGGCUACAUCGAAAAAAGUCUACACAAACUGAAAAGAAAUACGUCCUCUGUGAACUUGGACCUCUCUCUAGUGGUAGAGUGCAUGGACCACGCUCUAACGAGCGUCUUCCCCAAGACUCGUUAUACCGCUGGAAAAGAUGCCAAGACCUUUUGGAUACCUCUGUCUCACAUGCCAGCCAUUUUACAAGACUUUUUAUUGCUGAAACAGAAAGUGGAGCUGGCAAAUCCCAAAGCAGUGUGACUCAAUGGAUGGCAAACACCCGCCCCAGGCUCUGAGGUUGACUGAUUUCAAAGACUUAUCAUUUCAAUCUCAGUCUUUACCAGACCUAAUGUGGACUCAUUUAGACCAUAUUUCUGUUUAUAAAAGAAGGAGUUCCAGAGUCCCUUGAGCCUUCUUUGAAAAUAAGGACAGAGAAGACCUACCACACAAGCCAGUCUUGCCUGAUACUGAAGCCUUGCCUGAACAGUAGGAUGAAAGGGUAGCAGAAAGACUUCUCCCUCCAAACGGUGUGUGCUGCUGCCUGCCCCUUGCUGGUUCAGUAAUCCAGAGUGUUAAGCACUGUGUUUUAUCAAAAUGUUAAGCAAUAAGAAGUCUUUCAUAAG